AAAACCAGAAUACAUACGUCAGAUUUAGGUCACAGUGAAGUCACAUGAAACAUCUCUAGCAUAAUACCAAUUCUAUCUCGCUUUUACCGAUGUUAAGUGUAAAACACAGGACUAGCUAGUUUAACGAAGGGUUGCCAACAGAAUCAAUCAUGGACGAGGACGGUUUACCUAUUGUAGGAUCUGGAAUAGAUCUGACCAAGGUCCCAGCCAUACAGCAGAGGAGAGUCGUUGCUUAUCUCAACCAGUUCAUUGUGCACACUGUCCGGUUCCUCAAUCGUUUUUCAACGGUUUGCGAAGAGAAGCUUGCUUCCAUAUCACUUCGGAUCCAGCAAAUUGAAACUACCCUGAGCAUUUUGGAAGCAAAGCUGUCCUCCAUCCCGGGCCUGGAGGACGUCAGGGUAGAAGGUGUUAGUCCGCGGCCAGCUACAGAGGCCAACGGUCCAGUCGCAGUACCAAGUCAGCCCAAGACUCACAUGGCUGUGGCUGUCUCACCUCCUGAGGCUCCUUCAAAAACACCAGAACCUCCCCAGGGACGAAAUGCAGCGGAGGCAUCGGGAGAAGGUUUGAUGACUGUCGCCAAGGAUCCACAGUACGCGAGAUAUCUGAAGAUGGUGCAAGUGGGUGUUCCAGUAAUGGCGAUAAAGAAUAAAAUGGUCCUGGAAGGUUUGGAUCCCAACCUCCUUGACACUCCGGAUGCACCUGUGCCUGAUACAGGCAGGAAGAAAGACGCAGAGUAUAAUGAUGAUGACAGCAAUGAUGGCAGCGAAUCCUCAUUCAGUGAUUGAUCUGCUUUCUUCCUCACUAUGAAACUGCCUAUAGGGAAUGCGCUCAAGUCCUUUGUACUGUGCUGAUUUAAGGACAAAGAAGGACUACAUGCCAGUGUGUGCUUCAAAGACAGAACGACAGUGCCACCAGACAGAAAAGUCCUGCUUCUGUGAAUGAUUCAGGAUGUGUUGGACUCGGACUGAAUGUCUGCAACAACUAGCUGAGAACAUCAGCCACCAACAUUUAAUGUUACAUGGGUGUUGCUCUUUCCACUGAUGCUUUUGACAGGCCGUGGAUAUGGGGUUACCUUAUUGACAUGGUUUAAAAGUAAAACACAAUCACAACCAUUGAAAAUACAAACCAUCACAUUAUUUUAGCAUAUUGUUUUCUGUAGACUGGAGUAGGCCAACAUUGCCCCCAUCUCACUGUCAUGCAAACAUUCCAGUGCCUUGGAUUUCAUUUGGAUUAGAGGCCACAUUUAUUUGAAUUAGUUUGACUGUGGUGUCUGUGUAAGGCUUGAAAUUAGCACUGAAUGGGUGAUUCAAUAUUUUAUCUGUCAUAAUGUUGUAACAACAUUUGAUGAUUACUAUUUUACACUACAAUUGCUAUUUGAAUAAUUGUUUAGGCAUAUGAACGUUUUGAAGGACUCUUCUGGAAUAAUUUGGUAUUUUUCAUUGAGACAUUAAGUUGUUGAAAGGAAAUUGUGAAGGAAAACAUACUAAUUGCACUUUGGGUUAAUAUAUAAUGGAAAAACACCACUAGUUGUGAGCAAAGCAUAAAUUGCAAUGAUCUCUAGGCAAUUAACAGUAGUAUCUAAUGUGAAUUCACAACCUUAUUAUUAUGUAUUUUAAUCCAAGAACUAAUCAUGUUUAAACUUUCAGUUCCUUGAUGUGUUGUGAAGGAAUUAUGCUAACCUGAAAGUCAAUCUUUAUAUAGCACAUCCUUCAUCCAAACAAAUGCUUAGAGAUUAGAUCUUUACAUUGUUUGAAACCUUGAGAUCUGAGGGUUGAUUCAGUUUUGCCCCAAAAAAAUAAAGUUUUGCCUAAAGCUG